AUGGAAAUAUUGAACAAAUCGCAUAAAAAUGGCUCAUCAAAAUGGAUUACAACUUGGAUUUUUAUUUACCUUUCAUUCUUUCCAGCUGGGAACAUAUUUCAUUCUCCUUCCCUCUCUCCCCCCUCUCUCUCUCUGUUCAUCUUUUCAGCCGAGCUCCCCCCCACUUUACUUUUACUUUCACUCUCUGUAACCCCCCUCUUUACUCUUACUUUCACUCUCUGUAACCUCCCUCAUCUUUACUCUUACUUUAACUAUCUGAAGUUGAUUUUUAUUGUUUCUGUUCAUUCUAUCUAUCUAUCUAUCUAUCUAUCUAUCUAUCUAUCUAUCUAUCUGACGCGCGAUACUCAGCAUGAAUUCCGGGUUAAUAAGCAAAUAUCUUUACCCGUAAGUCGUAUAAACAGGCUUCUUAACAUCUUACAUAGUUUGAUUCUAACAUUAAACUAUCUAUCUAUCUAUCUAUCUAUCUAUCUAUCUAUCUAUCUAUCUAUCUAUCUAUCUAUCUAUCUAUCUAUCUCAGUCUGUUCAUAUCUAUCUCAGUCUAUUCAUAUCUAUCUAUCUAUCUAUCUAUCUAUCUAUUCAUUUCUUUCUUUCUUUCUACCUAUCUAUCUCAGUCUAUUCAUAUCUAUCUAUCUAUCUAUCUAUCUAUCUAUCUAUCUAUCUAUCUAUCUAUCUCAGAUGUAUGUAUGUAUGUAUGUAUGUAUGUAUGUAUGUAUCUAUCUAUCUCAGUUUAUUCGUAUCUAUCUAUUUAUCUAUCUAUUCAUUUCUUUCUUUCUUCCUAUCUUAGUCUAUUCAUAUCUAUCUAUCUAUCUAUCUAUCUAUCUAUCUAUCUAUCUAAGUCUGUUCAUACCUAUCUCAGUCUAUUCAUAUCUAUCUAUCUAUCUAUCUAUCUAUCUAUCUAUCUAUCUAUCUAUCUUAUCCGUUAUUUACUGUGCUUAG